AUGGAAAUAUUACACAACUUUAAAAAAAAUGGAUAUUUCAGUGCGGAACUUUAUCAUCUGCUGGCUAAGAAAAAGCUGUUGGAAGCUUCGCAAGAGAUAAUUCCAUCACAGUAUGAUAAAGAAAUUCGAAUGAAUACAUUAGACCGACUAAAAAAUCUGAACAAUAUAGAGGUAGAGAAUAUCGUUAGUUAUGAUAAAAAACUAAACAAAUCUGUACUCUUAUUUACACCAAAAAUAAUUGUGUUUCAAAAUUUUAAACCAAACGACAGGAUUGUCGCUAAGUUUUCUAUCAAAAAUAUAAGUAAGGCUCCAACAUUCCUAAACAUGGUGUAUAAAGAGUCUUCAUAUUUCUUUAUCAAGCCAUGUGGUGGCCAGCUUCUGUCGCGCCUUGCUCCUGGUAUUAGUGUGACCUUUGCGAUAACAUUUACGCCUGCUCAGUAUGAAGAUUACAUUCAUAGAGUAACUUUCUAUACUGAUUUAGAUCAGUAUGUAUUACCAUUGAUAGCUAUGGGACCCAGACCUGUGUUUGAUUUUCCUGACGAAAUUUAUGUACCAAAAAUCCCGCUUAAAGUUGAAAAUUUUAUUUUAAUGACUGUACAUAACACUGGUACGGUAUCUGCAGGCUUCACUUUGAACACCAAGUGCCCGUUUUCAGUACAACCUAAGUCUGCUUUCUUGAACCCUGGUCAAAAGAUUGACAUUAGAAUCGGCUUCAAAACUAUGAAUCUUGGAAAUACUCACGGAUUUUUGUACGCUAUAUGUGAAACAGGAGAGAAUUUCAAAAUAAAUGUAUAUGGAACUACACAUACAGUGCCCAUCGAGUUAGAGAAGCAAGUGGUUAGAUUUCUAGACACGUACAAUACGAUGGUGCGUCAACAGACCUUUAAGAUCACUAAUAAAUCAAAUCAUGUACUUACUUACAUGUGUAUGAAGAAUGAAUGUGUCUACAACGAUUUUGAAGAAAAGGUAAAAUUAGCAACGAUCUUCUAUAACGUCAAAGAUAGUGAAUCAGCAAAAUCUACUAAAUUAGUUCAAUAUGAUGUCCUAAGUAGCGAAGAACAUGAAAGAGUUUAUACAAGAAUAUUUUUUGAUGAAAUACAAGCACUAGUUGCAGAUGAAACUUUGGUUUUUCAAAAUACACAUUUUUCUAUUACACCAAUUAAAGGCAAACUUUGGCCAAAUAAAGUUACGGAAAUAACAGUAAUAUUUUCGCCUAAACAAAUAGGUGCAUUUCAGUCGACGGUGUUUAUAGAUAUCGAUGGAGUCUUAGAUCGUCUACCUCUACAUAUGGUUGGAACUUCACUCCCGCCUUCUAUACAACUUAAUUUAGAGACCUUAGAUAUGGAUUGCGUUUAUAUCAACCAUAAAUAUAAUUAUGAAAUAGUGGCUGUGAAUAAAGGUCAUAUAAAUGGUGUAAUAAUGUAUAAAGAGGUACCGGUAUUGUUUGGUAGUCACAUAAAAUGUACCCCCGAACUGCACUGUUUACGUCCAGGAGAUAAAGAAAUAUUCGUGAUCACCUUCAGCAACUCCAAUCAGGGGCCUUACUUUGAAGAAAUAAAUUUCGUUAUUCGUGAUACUGAUAUCGUAUUAAAGUUAUAUUUGAAGGGUGAAGUGAUAUAUCCCUCGUUGAUGUUCAGCGUACCUUGUUUAGACUUUGGUAUGGUUAGUGUAGGUGUACCUAAAAUAUUAAGAUUAGAUGUUAUUAACGAGUCGAUAGUUCAUGUCAGUGCAUCUGUGAAAAUAUCUUCUGAUGGCCCAGAAAUAAGUAGCAUUACGCUAGCUGAUUAUGCUGUUACUAAUCAUCCGAAGCCAGAAAUUCCUCAAUGGCCUAGGGAGUUCAAUAUCGAACCUUGUAAGAUAGAUUUAGAACCUCAAUCAAGAAUAACCCUAAAGGUAACGCUAACUGCAAACUUGAUUAGAGCUAAUCAAACAUCUCUUGAAUUGGAAUUAGAAAAGUCCGAUAGUCCGCCAAUAAUUUUGCCAGUGUUAUUCAACGCAAUGGUUCCUGUGAUAACUACUGCUCCAGAGAUUAAUUUACGAGCAUGUUUCUUAGACUAUCCGUAUAAAAACGUAAUCUCCAUCACAGCCAAUGAAUUUUGGGGAUAUUUUACAAUGGAAGAGCCAGAGGAACAAUUGUCAUUAGAAGUAGACGUCAGUGUAAAAGAAGGCUUUAUAGAACCGAAUGCUACUAUACAUCUUCCUUUAACUAUAAAAACGAACGUGCUCGGUAUUCAAGAGUACGAAAUCCGAUUACGGCUUUUUGGCAUGACAAAGUCCAUCGAAGUAUGUCAUAUUACUGGAUGUGGAGUACGACCCAUUGUAACAUGUUCGCCCAUUGCACUGCAUUGGGGUCAAGUGAAAUUGUUGGCCAAAUCACAAAAAAACUUAACGUUAUGCAAUGAUUCUCCAGUUUACGUAAAUUUCAAAGCUUCUCUGCUAAACAAGGACGAAAGGUGGCACAUCGAACCAACUGAGGGUCAUGUGGAACCUGAAUCGGAGACUGACUUGGUUGUCACUGUAUACCUACUAGACGCUGAUACUUACACGAACAAAGCUGUACUGCAAUUGGAGAAAGUUAAAGAUAUUUUAGUGCCGUUGUCUGCAAUGGGCGUCGGAACUAGUAUUCUAGUUGGCGAUUUACGGGAUCGGAUAUUCCUUGGACGACAUUUUACAAAAAUUCCGCUACAUUGCAAAGUGAUUAUGGAAAAUUGUGGUACUCGCAUGCAUGCUUUGGAGUGGAGCGAUCACUAUAAAGCUCCUAAAACAAAACAGCACACAGCCGGAUUCUUUAAUUUGGAUCCCAAAUCGUUCAAAAUAGCUGCAGGAGAAAAAAUAGAAUUAACUAUUACUGCUUUGUCGUACAAAGUGACAACCGUUAAGGAAAUGUGGUAUUUAGUCGGCAGUGUGGAGGGCAUUAACAAGAAAGAGUUAUUGUUAGAGUGUCAGAUUGUAGCGGAAUUCGUGGAUCCAAAAAUAGAAAUUUCGUCUUCGGUCAUAGAAUUUCAGUAUAAUUACGGUCCAUAUAGUGAAUAUUAUAAAUUAACAGAUAUCGUAACAAUAAAGAACGUUUCAAAGUUACCUUUAGAUUUGGAUAUUAGCGUUAAACCACCUUUUGCUAUAGUCCACAAACAAUAUACUUAUAAGAUAACACCAGAGGAAGAAAAUAUGUGUUGCUGCAUACGUUACAAUGAAUGUGAUUUGAAUGUAACUACUAUGCGUAAUGAAAUUGGUCCCCAUCAAUCUAAGAUAUUUAUGGAUUACUUAACUUUGAAACCUGUAGAACCUACACGUAAAGAACCAUUACAUUUUUUUGAAGAUAUUAAUAAAAUUAAAACGGCUUUUAAUCUUACACAUGUAGUAGAAGAACAAUUAGAAGAUCAAGAUGUAAUUAAAAUACAGAUACUGUUUGAUACGACAAAACAUUCGUCUUUGAAGUCAAAAGUUUAUUAUGAUAUUAUGCGAAUUAAGUUUAGAGGACACAAGAACAAAGAUGCUAUAAAACUUGUAGGGAAAAUAAACUAUCCCAAUAUAUUUGUUAUGUCGCCUAGAAUAGAUUUUCAAUGUGUUUUAAAUGGAAGUCUCGAGAGUAAGACUAUUAAAAUCCAAAAUAUGACUCCACUUCUUGUGUGUUAUAGAUUUCAGUGGAAGAAAUCUACAAUUUCAAUACCGUCUGCGCCUGAGAUAAAUAAAAUACAAUAUACUAGCAAUGUUGAUGAAUUUAAAUCCUUAAGUAAUGAAAAUGAGCCCAGUGUGAAUGAUUUGCAUGAAAUUUUGGCUUGUCGUACACCAGCGGGAUCUACAGUUGGUAAAGCGGUAAAUGAAGUUCCAUUCCCAGAAUUGGCAUCACCUGUUCCUGGUCUUACUGCCGUGGAAUCUUUAGUUUUAGAAGGCUCCGAUUUUUCUUAUGAUAUUAAAAUGUCAAGAAUUAUCAAGAAAGUAGUGCCAAUGAUAGAUGCUGAUUAUGAAUCUGAGUUUGACUGGAUAUGUAAAUUUAGUAAAAUUAAUGUGCCACACAAGAUUGGUAUCAAUGAUGUAUUACAAUUAACUCCUCAUUGUGGUUUAUUGAAGCCAAACGAAAUUCAAUAUAUCCAUGUUAUAUUCAGACCGAAACAAACCAUUCAUAUUCGAGCAAUUCUUGAAUGCGAUGUUUUAGGAGGCCCUUCUGAAACAGUCACACUCGUUGGGCAAAGUUCAGAUUUAAUGUAUAAAAUGAAUACAAGAAAACUUAAUUUCAAAAUUAGAUCGUUCCACGAGUUUGCAUCAGAACAAUUAAUUAUAACAAAUAUAGCACAGUUACCAUUUGAGUAUAAAACCUAUUUAAAUGAACCAACAUUAGAGAAUGAACUUGAAGGUAUUAUAACAGAUUUAAUACCAGCAGAAAAAAAAUUGGAACCGGAAGAAGUAAUAGAUAUGAAAAUUAUUAUGAGACCUGGUAUAGUGGGAUACUUUAAUAGAAUAUUUUUGCUAGAGAUAGGACAUUUGCCUCAUAUUCCUAUUGAAGUGUUUGGCUGGGGUGGAAUUCCUCAGAUAUACUUGUCUCUUCCGCGACCAGAAAUUACGAAGCUCAAUCCAGAAUACGGCUAUCUAGCAAUUCCAACUCUAACGACAGAUUAUUUGACAGCAGUUAGUGAAUUGUUUAUAAAGGGCCCGUCUGAACAUUUAAAUUCACCUCAAACUGACAAAUGUUUCGAAGAUCCUGACUUUCAUCGAGAUUGGCACAUAUGUUCAUCUUCGGAUGGGUUUCCAUCAGUUAUGGAUAUAGAUUUAGCAAUAGAGAGGAUGUUAGUAAUAAAUCACGUAAAAUUGAAACCUGAAAUAUUAACUGCAUAUUCAACAAGUUCUAAAACGGGUCCAAUACCAGGAUUUUGUACUACACCAUACGUUAUUGACUACGGCGUAGUAAUAUCCGGCAGCACGGUACAAUGUACAUGCGAACUUAUAAAUUACGGACCAAUUCCUACGAAAUUACACUUUGCUAAAGGCACUCAAUUUCCUACAUGGCUAAGUGUUAAACUCUGUGGGAAACUAUGUCCUGGUGAAACUGGAAAAUUAGAUGUUGUGUUUGCUCCAACUUCUAAUGACUUUGCACUUUUGGAACAAAAAGUAGAAACAAGCUUUAAUUUGGAGGUACCAUAUGGCGUUACGAUACCGAUUCAUAUUAAAGCUUUAUGUGCUGUACCAUACUUGGUUUCUAACAUAUCAAUUAUAAAUUUUGGUUCAGUGAGGUGCGGUGAUAAAGUAAUUUGUUCAAUACCAUUGAAAAAUGUGGGAAAACCAACAUGUAUUUGGUAUGUUACAUUGCGACUAGGAGUAUCUGGGACCAAUCCAAUGAUGGUGUUAGAUAAUUCAGGAAAGUAUGAACCUGGAGAAGGAGGUUGGCUAAGUAUUGCUUUUAAACCUACCAUGGAGAUGAUGUAUGAAGGUCUUUUGAUAUUUAGAUUUCACAUGAAUCCCAAUAGAAUGACGAUACCUGUAUAUGGACAAGGCAUUUUGCCCCAAGUACAUAUAAUUGGGCCGAAUGUAUAUUUUCCUCCGACACUACCUUGGGCAGAAACUGCAGACAUUUACUUUGGUCUGACGAACCCCUGUCCGUUUCCGAUUGAACUAGUAUUUGCGCAUAGUGAUGAAAAAUGGAAAGAAGAAGACGAGGUGUAUCAAUUAUUAUUUAAAUAUUACAAUAAACCAGAAGAAAUGUUAGUUCCUGCUAUUCGACCAGGUGCUGGACUACCACAUGAAAUUAUGAAUUUCUACAGACAAUUCACAGAAUGUGUUAAAAAAAAAUCGAGGAGCCCAAAAAAUAUUACAAAGUCUACCGUUGCCAGUUCACCUAAAAAAUUUCGGACAGAAGCAGAAAUAUUUGUAGACCAAAUGAAUACUAUGAAAGAAAAUCAAGCUGAUCCUUUGAAAGAGUGCUUACAUUUGUUUGAUCAUAUAUCAACUGAAACAGAUAUUGAUAAACAUUUAAAGGGCUUACUGGUAUUUGUACAUGGAUCUCCUAGUGAAGAAAUACAGUGUCAAGAAAUUGCAUAUUCCAUUGGCAAAAAGCUAGGAAUUCUUGUAAUUAAUAUAGAUUUAUGUAUUGUGGAGGCACUGUGUGCAAGUAAUUGUCCUGCGAAAAUGACACUGUUGAGUGCGAUUAAUGAUAUGUAUGAUACGUCAAGAAAACCAGUCAAUAAAACAGAUUCUGAUGAAAAUGAAGUAGAUAGUGAAGAACUUUUUGGGGAUACUGAAGAUGAAUUUGACAUUAUUCUAAAGAAAAUGGAAUAUCUGGCCAACAAUAAGAAUGUUGUAACACCACGUUCGAAAGUUAGCGAGAAGAAAAAGAAAAGGUCGCCUACUUCAUCAGUCAAUUCACACAGCGGUUUAGGAGCUAUUGGAUCUUCAACAAUGUUUCAUAUGGAUUUGAUUCAGGAGCUUCUUACAGAUUACUUUAGUCAUAUUAAAUUUACCCGAGGUUUCAUAGUAGACUCAUUAACAAGUAUUGUUUUCAAAAACCCGUCUUUAACACUGACUACGAUACUUAAAUGUAAACGCAAUAUAUGGAACAUACAUCUUAUUCUAUGUCAUUUAGAUUUUUAUAAGUGGGCACAAGCCUAUGAAGAAAAUCAUAGAGAAAAUGACGUAGUAGACGAAAAUGCGUCGAAGGUAUACGAUGAAUCGGAAAUAGAGCAUAUUGUGCAGUCUUUUGAAACUAUGGAUGACGAGGAAUAUGAACAGUCACCUGUAGAACUAAAGUCUAUUUAUAUAGCCUAUGGAUUAGAAAGGAGACGUAAGAAAUAUUGUGAAAAAAAGGGGUAUACAAGUGAAAUUAUAAAGAAUGAUAAAACGAAAGGUUGUGAAUUGAACCGGAGUAAGUCGUUAUUAACAGUCGAUGCAUCAGAAUCAAAGAAAAAAAUGAAAAAGGAUGAUACCAGAGCUAAGCCGACCAGCGAAUAUUUGAUAAUGAAUACAAAAUAUAAUGACUAUAUAAAAAAUACAUUUGAAAGUCUCAUAAACAUUGCAAAUAAUUGGGUUGUAGAAGAAUGUGAUAUGGGUAUGCCUCUGUACGGGUUCAAUGGUCAAGUGGUAGGAGCAUCGCAAAAGAAAGCAAAGAAAAAAUCUGAAGUGCAAAUUCAGAUUUCAGAUGUUAGUUUCACUGAACGUGGAUUCCCACUUACAAUUGUAAUGUGCCCCUGCCCUAACUAUAAAAAGGCUUUGAUAAGUAUCUUUGGCAAGUCAAAAGUAGUCCAGGACGCACUAAAAAAGGAAGAAGAAUAUGAUAUUCUGAAAUGUCCUGUUAAUAGGAAAGAAUUUACUGUAUUGUUACCGAAAACGUUUCCUAAUUUACAACACGAGGAGCCUUUGCAAUGGCGUUAUCUGGAUGAAUUUCCGAUAAAGAAAUGUGAAUGCAAUCAACUUACAGACUUUAAUUUAUUAGACGAUUCGACACAGGACAACGUUUUGAAUAUUUUAUCCAAGUGGCAUUGCACAUGUGGUAAGAAGGUAACAUCUUCUCAAACGUCAACAAGUGGAAUUCCAUCUACAUCACUUGAGAAGAUGACUGGAGAAGAUAGUGAAGCUGACGCAUUAUGUCCUUUGCCCCUUCGCAGUGUGAAAUCAAUGACAGUGACUAGCAGUCGUUUAGUGUUGCAACCUGGUGAUCUGGUGCGAUGCAAAUAUUCAUUCAGUCCACAAACAGAAGGAAAUUUUUGUCUGAAGCGGUUUGUGGAAGUUAGCGGAUGGCCCGAAUCAAGAUGCCACAUUAAUGUUAUCGGCAUUUGUGAUAUACCGAAGUUAGACAGUCGCCCAAAAAAAAUGUUCGUAAAUUUCAUAAGGCGAACAAUGGAAGAUAAUGUUUAUAAAAAUACAUAUUUGGACGAUCGGAAGCUGUUUGAAUUUGGACCAAUAUUUGUUGGUGCUAACAGGAUAUAUGAAGAGGAAUAUACUAUAAAUCUAAAAAAUUCUUCACUGAUAACCACUGAUGUUGAAAUAGCAUUUUUAGAAGAUACUAGUGUUUUUCAUAUUGAUAAAACUUUUAUCAAAUUAGAGCCUGGUUGUCGAGGAAAAUUAACUAUAUCAGCUGCUCCUGCUGACGUGGGUAUUUAUAAUAGUGUACUACUGCUUUGUAUCAAGGAUAAUCCCGAGCUUGUCACUAUUAAUGUUGCAUGCAGCGGAGUUUUACCAGUUGUGGAAAUUUUGCCAGUAACAAAAAUUAUCGAUUAUGGAAAGUUGCUUCUUUAUCGUCGAGAGGAUGAUAGAUUUAUCGUAAAGAACGAUUCAAUUUUGCCCAUAAUGUGGAAAAUUCGAAAUGCCGAAGAUUUCGUAGAAGAUUUUAUAAUCUCUCAAACAUCGGGAAUUGUAUCACGUUAUGAUAACCAAGUUGUACCCAUGACGUACAUUGCUUGUAGAGUUGGUAUCAUACAGAAUAAGAUAUUGAUCAUCGAUAUAUAUGAUGCAGAUGGUCGUGGUGAUCCUAUGGUAAAUGAUACUCUGCUGCUGUCAGCUGAAUGUUACGACGUUAUGGUUGAAUGUGCAUACGAGGAUCCUAACGAGACUUUCCUUAACUACGGCAACGUCAAAGUAAAUUCUACCGUAGUGAGAGAAAUGUAUCUUUUGAAUCGUGGCAAAUAUAAUAUAUUCUACAAAUUAAAGAAGGUGAAGAAUUUCCCAGAGCCAUCGUUAUUACGAUCAUUUGAAGUGACUUCGGAGUGUGGAAUUAUUCCGUCGACUUUGAAAUUAGUUGCAAUAGAAUUUCAAUGUACCCCGACGACUUCAAUGAAUUUAGUUAAUGUUCCUGUUUAUAUGUGCUCUUUACUCGAUGGCAGUAAAGAUCAAGUGGUGGUUGCUAAGUUUCCCGUUUGUGUUACUAUUGCUUCUUUCUACAAUACAUUUACAUUAUUUCCAUUGGGAGAACUAAAUUUUCAUAUAAUACCAGUUGGAAGUGGAGUUAUACGGGAUGUAAUAUUAAAUAACACAAGCAAAUGUCCGGUGACUUAUGAAAUAGUAUUACCAUCUAAGUAUCAGCUAGAACCAAAUUCUCCCUCCGCAACUCCAAAAAUGAAAGACAAUAAAAUUAAAAACCCGCCUUUGAGAUGUGGUAAUUUUAGAAUAAUGAAUGAAGAUAACCUUCUCGCUCCUGGUACCAGUCGGACAUUACAAAUACAGUUUAUAGCGACAGCUGCUAGAAAAUUUGAAGAAACCAUCAAUUUUAUAAUAAGUGAUACUUGUCCUGCGGAAGCUCAAGGCGUGCCCCUCAAGCUUGUUGGCACUGGAGCAAUGCCGACAUUAGAUCUCUGGAAUUUGGAGACCACUUUUAGAGAGCACCUUAUUGUAAAGAAUUUGAAUGAAUAUAAAGUUCCAGAGUCUUCACCUCAUUGUGUUUUCGUAGAAGAUUCAGUGACGUUACAUUUCUUCUGCGUGAACGUGAAUACCAGUUAUACAGCCGCUAUCGAUCUUUACAAUAACGGGCUCGUGGCUUGUGCACUUACCAUGAAACUCCACUAUCAGACCAACACUAAUCAAACUAUAUUCUAUUUAGAAAAAUACAACACACAUAUUGAGCCAUUACUUCACAAGAAUUUAGGCAUAAUAUUUAGCCCAAAAGCACUUAAGGAAUAUCGAGCAGUACUAGAAAUAAAAUUAAAAUUAUUAGAUAAUCAAGAACAGUCUUUCAAAAUUUGCCUAAUUGGCGAAGGGGUCAUACCUCGAAUACGUAUGGUUUCGCCACCGAUACGCCAACAUGGAAUAUCUUUACUGAAAUUUCCCGUCACUUGUUUGGGUUCCGUUAGCAAUAAGUGCAUUUGUUUUAAAAAUAUUAGUUCCGUAAAGAGUAUGGUAAAAGCUGAAAUAUCACAGUCCCCUUUUGAAAAUAGACCCGUGUUCAAUUUGUCAUCCUCAACAAUAUCCGAAAAUGUGAUUACUUCAGACAGCUGCGACUAUAAUACAACUAUUACAGUAGUUAUUGACCCCAAAGAAAUAGCUACACUCAAUGUUCACUACAAUCCAAUCAAAAAAGGCAGAACAAGUUGUGACAUUAAACUUACCAUUAUUGAGAAUCCGUAUGAAUAUUUCACGGUGCUGUGUGAAGCUGAAGCUUUCAUGGAAGAUAUCAUACUUGUGGGUCUUGACAUGCUUUCUAUGGAUAUAGAUUUAGAUGCAUAUCGAAAUGAUGCAGAUGGUACGCCUUCCACUGUCUCUACAAUGGACAGCAGAAAGAAGAGCAAGAGUGCUCCGCUGGAUAAGAAAAAAUCUCGAACCACCAUAGAAGUGAAGAAGAGCAAAAAAACAUCUCUUGGCUCCAUGAAAUAUAGCGAAUCCUCGAGUGCAGAUCUGUCUGUGUUAAAAUAUAUUCUUGACUUUGGUGGUUGUGAGUUAUCUACAAUGCAAAAACGAAAUAUUAUCAUGACUAACAAUUCUGACAAAGUAUAUAAGUUUAUAUGGGACGUUCCUGAACAAAUAUGUAUAAAACCAUCUGUUGGAUAUAUUGCUCCAGGAGAAGAAAAAGACCUCGAAAUUAUAUUCUUUUCUAUACAACCUGUUACAAUUAAAAAGGAAAUAUUUACGUGUGCGCUAACAUCGAUAAAUAAUAAUUCUUUAACAUUUGACAUAAAGAGUGCAAGUUGGGACAAUCGGCAAAUUGUUACGUUAUUUGAGCACAAUAGAGAAGUGAGGCUAAAUGAAAGACAUGAAACAAUAACAGCGGAACAAAAUAUCCAUCAUGCUGACAGUUACCUGGGAACAAUACACAUGAUAAUAAUUUAUUCAGCGAUGACGGAACACACUAAAUUCAAGUGUACGCUGAAAGAAGAGAUGAAUUUGAGAGAUACUUUUAUAUAUGAGACACGAGAUUUUAGUUUCGACGUUGAAAAUAUAGGCAAGGUGCCGCUGAAAAUUUCAUGGAGUUUUCACAUUAAUGACGAAUUUCCCACAAGAAUUAACAAGUUUGCAACUACGGUAGAUGAGAUCAAAACAUCGGAAAAGCCUGAGGUCAACGCCAUUGACGAAGAUAACACCGCUGAUCCUGCACAAGAAAACAAAGAUGAAAACGCUCCUAGCAAGGUCACGUUGUUUAGCGGAAGUUUGGGAAGAGAGAGUGUUGAUACCUGGUUUGAAAUGGAUCUGCCGUUCCGAAUAGAACCUUCCAAAGAAUGUAUUAAACCUAAAGAAAUUCGAAGCUUCAAAGUUUCUUUCUCGCCACUUGAUGCAUUUGAUUACAAAGUUCGGUUAAAGAGUUCUAUAGAUAAUCUCGAUCCUUACGAUAUAAAUGCUAUGUGUAAAAUUACUGCAAAGUCAUUAAUUCCGUAUUGUCAUUUGGAUAUACCGGAGAGUGACUAUUUGACAUCUGGGCGCAGGAAAGUGACUGGAGUGACAUUGCCUCAACAUAUGACAGUAUUGGAAUUUAAUGUUUUAGGUUCCGGCUGUUAUAAAAAGUCUUUUAAUGUCAUAAACCCCACAAGCCAAGCUUACGAAUUCAUAUUCGAGAUGUUGUUAUUGGAUAAACCUGAACUGAUACCUGUUCAUUGUGAUACAUUAAAAGGCUACGUAGAGGGCGGCACAUCGACUAUGGUUACAUUUACAUUCUCGCCUACAGCUCCUGGGGUUUACGAAUCACAAUGGAAAUUCAUAAUACCUCUACACAACCUUAUUAUUAAUAUACUCGUUGUUGGGCUUGUAAGAGAACCAGAUGUGGUGUUUGUCCCAACGAUUUUGAUUAUAAGAAAUUCAUUAGUUGGAUUCACUACGACACACGUAAUUAAAUUAAAAAACAAUGAGAGCGAACCUCUCAAAUUUGAUUUCAAAGGCAAUUCAUUGUGCAACGAGUCGGGCAAAACACCGGUGAUCGUUGAUCCUGAACAGGGUGUAUUAAAAUCGCGCUCUGAAACGUCAAUCAAAAUAAUUUACACUCCAAUUCAAGAUGGACCGCUGUCAUUUAAAAUAUUUUGCAGUGUUACUUAUAUGACGAAAUUACUGACGUUGUGUGUGAAUGCUCUUAGUUACUCGAUCAAGCCAAAAGUUAUUUAUUAUCUCAUAGGCCAUGAGCAUAUUUUGAGCAGUGAUGCUAUUACAAAUAUUCAUUUAGAUCAGACUGUAUCUACGUAUGAGCGAACAAUACCCUUCACAAUAAAGAACGACGGCUCUGCCACAUUCUUCUUUGAAUGGCAUUACAAUAUUAGCUCUGUUAAGAAAUACCUACAGAUCAGCGUGGAACCCAAGAGUGGUCACGUUGUACCGGCGGCCGAUGUGGAGUGUGUAUUAUCUUUUACAUUAAAACAAGUUCCAGUACAGGCUUUCCCUGUCACCUUGACGAUUUCAGAUGGCCCAGAAUAUAAUAUAAAUCUUUAUGCAGAAAUAAAAAAGCCACUUUAUCAUUUUUCUUGUAUGAACUAUGACUUUGGAAAAUGUAUAGUAAAUGCACCAGAUUUAACUUACAAAAAGAAUUUAGCAUUUAUCAACGAUGAUCAAGAUCCUGUCAUAAUUGAUUUGAGUUUUGAAAAUCUACCAGAGCUUAUUGUUGAUUACCGUCAGCUUCCGGAGAUACCGCCUGGCAAGCGAGUGAAAAUUCCCAUUUUCUUUAGACCUAAGCAAGUACGGGAAUACGAAUUCAGAUUACAAUUUUGGGUAAAUUCCCUUUGUGAAGAAAUAAUUAUUAUCAAGGGUGAAGGUGUACCUCUUCUUUUUGAUCUUUAUGAGGGCUGUCAGAAAAGUUUUGAUUUAGGACCGGUAAAGGUGGGAAAGAAAAUAGUGAGACAAAUUGAAGUGAUGAAUCACAGCAAAGUGCCUAUUGAUGCCAGUUUCAUAUUUAGAGAAAUUUACCCUGAUGUCGAUGAUACGACUAAUUCUGAAGGAACUAGCGUAUGCCUUAGUCCCAACAUGGUACAUUCACAAGCGACCGAUGCUGGGACCUCGAGAGUAAGACUGUUAAAACGUUACAAAGACAAUAAAGUUAAAGACCAAAUUUCUUUGGACGUAGAGAAUGCUUUAUCCUCUCUGAAGGUAGUUCCCACCAAGUGCACCAUAAAACCUUACAGAAAGGUUCCUUUGAAGAUUCAGUUCAAACCUAUUGGUAUGAUAAGCACAUUGAACGUUCAGUUAAACAUGAAAGUGUUCGAGUUCGAAAGGCCUUUGGUACGUUUGAGCGGGAGCGCUACGGGAAUGUGUCUAUGUUUCAGUCAACAAUCACUACAGUUUGGUCGUGUACGGAAACGCGGUUGUAAGAUACUGAAAGUGAUGUUGUUAAACAAAGGAGAUUUUGGUACAAGAUUUUGGUGGCAACCUCUUACAUCUGACGAAUUUAUAAUAUCUCCAAUGCAGGGUAACAUAGCAGCUCAUACAAAUGUGACCUUUACUAUAACAUUUCGACCAGUUAAAUAUAAUACAUUUAUAAAAGUAUGGGCUAGUUGCAAUAUUGAAAACUACGCUCCUCUGGAAUUAGCUAUGUAUGCAACCUGCGUGGAUAUAGGAACCAUUCAGAAUAAAACACUAUACCUGGAAUGUCCAGUAAGAGAAGUUCAAACAGAAUAUGUAUCGGUCACAAAUCCUUCUGAUGACAUGUGGCUGGUUUUAAGCGAAGUAUCUGGUGGACCAUUUGAAACAUUAAGAGAAUUCAAUGUAGAACCUAAUUCGGUAUUUGAUAUACCCGUUCAUUUUAAACCGAAGUCUAUAGGCAGACAUGAGGGUCAGGUAUUGUUUUCGCCGUUGGGUGAGAGUGCACUAUUCAUAACGUUAGUUGCACUAGCUUCGCAUCCAAACCCAACAGGGAAUAUUACUCUCAGUGUGCCCGCGAAAGAUUUACAUACUGAAAAUUUACCUGUGUAUAAUAUUACGGAGUUUCCAGAGACAUAUACUGUGACAACAGAGGUAGUUAAGAUAAUUCCGGAUAAAUUCGAAGGCUACUACGAAAUAAAAUACCCCGAUAGUAUUAAGGUGUGGGGAGAGGCUGCUGGCACAUGCAGGUGGACUUUUGUAUGCUACGAUGAAUGUGAAUUGCAUUUCAAAGUGUUUUUCAUAAAUGAGGUAACUAAAGAGUAUCAGUUCUACAACAUCGUGGCCACAGUGACGGCCAGCAAAGUCGUGGAUACACUCACAUUCGUGUCUCGAGCACGUGAGAUGACUCAAAUGGAAUUGGUGGUUUCCAAUCCUCUGGGUCAAGACGUUGACUUCUCUAUAAAAUGCGACAAAUUACUCUGUCCCGAAUUUUUGGCGAUUAGUCGAAAUUCAGAGGCCACGUUGCCACUAAUAUAUUCGCCGCUAGUGGUUGGUGAGACUCGCGAUUAUUUGGUUGUGUACAACCAGCUUGUGGGGUCGUAUAUAUAUAAAAUUCUGCUAAAGUGUCUGCCGGCUAAGGAAAAGAACUUAGAGUACUCAACUGCGCUCGGUACAUGCAUUCCACUUAGGCUCAGAGUACAAAACAACACAGACGUAAAAGCCGACUUCAUAAGUUCGAUUUCUCACCCAUCAAUACAAGCUGAAAAAGAAUACACGUUGGGACCGCUCGAGAAGGGAAAGUUUUUGGUUUGGUUUGAACCCACGGUGCUUGGAGUGCAGAACUGUAAAUUGUCAUUUAACUCUGCAGUAGCUGGAGAAUUUAUAUUUGAAAUAAAAGGGAAAUCCACCAUGCCUAAACCUCAAGGUCCACAUGAAAUAAAGGCAGGCGGGUACUCGAUUAUUAAAUUCAGGAAUGUGUUUGAAGACAACAGAAUUUUCAAGAUAUAUGUAGAUCGGGAGGAGUUUUACGUAAAGACGUUGUACGAACCGAUAAAAGGGAAAAAGGAGCUGAAAAUUCCCGUGUAUCUGCGCGAGAAACCACAGUACGGAUGGACCGAGGUACCAACUGGGUGCCUUACUAUAGAAUGUUUCGAGCCAGCAGAUCCAAAGGUUCAUUGGACAUAUUUUCUUCAAGGAAUCCCUUGA